UCACUGACUGACUGCGGAUUGGGAAUCUCGUGUGUGUGAUGUUUUUGGUGCCUGCUUAGGAAGGACUUCUUGAUUGACAAAGUGCUUGUGCUGUUCCUUCCCGAGAAGUGGUGAAGAUAGCGAGGGUCGAGUGAAGAUAAAUCCACCGAAUACCAGAAGGCGGAUUAUGCGAAGCAUUGAGCAAUUCUGGUGAAAAUGUGCUAGACGAAAAAAAUAAAUAUAAGAAGCAGAAAUAAAACACCAGACGGUCAACGACGGUGUGGUGGCAGAGCAGCGAACAGAAGAAAAAAAAAACCGCUUUUCUUUUUCGGUCUACCGUAAGCCGAGUGAAACCCCCAUACACGACCCAGCCGUGUCAAAUAUUUUCAUCCCGGUUGAGCAUCUGCCGAGUGUGUCCCGCACACGUACGUCCGCGAAAGUGGUGUGUCUGUGAAAAUCAGUGCUGAAAUAAACUAACGUGAAAUAUCUCGGGACUAUCCCGAACCCGGGGUCUCGCUGUGAAAAGCAAGGAUCGUAAAAAGAUGAAAAUAAUCAAGUGUUUCUAGAGUGCAGAGUGUAAAAAUUAAGCAGUACAGCUUCCUGCCGUAGUUGAUUCACAACAGAAGAAUAAUAGUGUGCUAAAGUGAGGCACGCUGUGUGUAGUGUUAAUUAUACAUAAUAAAUUAAAAGUGCAUUUAGAGAAUAGAAAGUGACGGUGACAGUCGCUUUGCCUAGACACGCGUAGCUGCAGUGCCGUCCACGGUCGGGCGGAGUUGGACGAGAAGGAGGAAGAACGCUGAAUCCUAGCGAAAGCGUCGCGGCUUUGUACUAAACAGUAGAUAAUGACCGCUGCGGUUAUGGCAUCCGACGGAAGUUAUGACCCAGUGAUUUCGAAGCUGAUCACAUCGCUCAAGGAAGCGGACAGUUUAUCGAACGAACAGGAGCUUGGCUUUCUACAGAACCUGCUCCAAUCCAAGGAGCUCAACGCACUGGUCAAUGUACACAGCAAAGUUGCCAAAAUCAAUAAGGAUGAUCGGAUAGCACCGCUCCUGUCGUCAUCUAUGCAGGUACUCAUAGAAGUAUUAGAAUUACUAGCACCAAGAUGCCACAUCUCGCCGCUGUGUAGGGAAGUAUUCCAUAUGCUGCAGACGCCACAUUUGCAGAGCCUCCUGUUCGCACACGAUGCCAUAGCGCAAAAAGACUUUUAUCCUCACCUGCCGGAGAUUCCAGUCGAAGUGGACGAGGACGAGGAGACGAUUAAAAUCGUACAACUAGUGAAAAGUAACGAACCAUUGUGUGCUGGAGCACAGAGUGCGGAACCAAUCGUAGGUGCCACAAUCAAGACCGAUGAGGAAACGGGCAAAAUCAUCAUCGCACGAAUCAUGCACGGAGGAGCAGCCGAUCGAUCCGGGUUGAUCCACGUGGGUGACGAGGUGAUCGAAGUUAACAAUAUCAACGUGGAGGGCAAAACACCAAGCGAUGUUCUGUCGAUACUGCAAAACUCCGAGGGAACCAUCACGUUCAAGCUGGUACCGUCGGAUGGAAAGCUGGACCAGAGGGAGAGCAAAGUGCGCGUGAAGGCAUACUUUGACUACGAACCGGAAAACGACCCGUACAUCCCGUGCAAGGAGGCGGGAUUGGGAUUCUACAGGGGUGACAUCCUGCACAUUGUGUCACAGGACGAUUCCUACUGGUGGCAGGCUCGGAAGGAGGGAGAAAAAACGACGAGGGCCGGACUUAUACCAAGCCGUGCACUGCAAGAAAGGCGUAUCCUACAUGAUCGCACUGCAAAGGAAACGAACGGUGAAGCUAAAAAAGGUUCAUGUGCCUCCAUUUGUUCGACACCACCCGGUUCGCCUAAUCCCAACAUUCCCUGUCGAGGGCCCAAAACUAAAAAGAUUAUGUACGAUACAGCCGAGAACGAUGACUUCGAUCGGGAGCUGAUCGCUACAUACGAAGAGGUGGCCAAACUGUACCCGAGGCCCGGCGUCUAUCGGCCGAUCGUGCUGAUCGGUGCCCCCGGAGUCGGUCGGAAUGAGCUGAAGCGUCGCCUGGUCGCUAGGGAUCCGGAGAAGUACAAGAGCUGUGUGCCAUAUACAACUCGUCCGAUGCGCCCGGGUGAAGUCGCCGGAAGGGAGUACCUCUUUGUGACACGCGAAAAGAUGGAAAGUGAUAUUGCCGCUGGGAAGUUCAUCGAGUACGGCGAAUACAAGGGGCAUCUGUACGGGACAUCGGGGGAAAGCGUGAAGACCAUUGUGAACGGAAACUGUGUAUGCGUCCUGAGUCCACACUAUCAGGCGUUGAAGUCGCUGAGGACGGCACAGCUGAAGCCGUAUAUUGUGCACAUUCGACCACCACCGUUCGAUGAGCUGAAGCAGUCCCGAACCAAGGCUCGUGCCCGUUCGACGUUCGAUGAGACCAAUUCGAGGGGUUUCACGGACGAAGAGUUCCAAGAGAUGAUCAAAUCGGACGAGCGGGUCAACACUCUCUACGGCCACUUUUUCGAUGACGAAAUUGUCAACGGUGACCUGACGGAGGCGUUCGAAAAGCUCCUAAACAUGGCCAACAAAUCCGAAUCGGAACCACUGUGGGCCCCGGUCAGUUGGGUGCAAUGAAGGCACAUCUGCUCUGCUGCCGCUACUGCUGUCGCCGCUGCUACUAUUGCUACAUCCGUUGCCUCCGGGCCGGAGUUUGUUGAGCUUACUUGAGCGAUCAAAAGGUGUUCGUAAAUUUAAAAUAAUUGAAUAAUUUUUGUUUUUUGUUGUUAUUGCACACACACAUACACAGAAGAGCAUACCCCCAAAAACCACUUUAUUAAGCGAUACGUUUUGUACCGAAUUGUGCUUUUGAUUGUGCUCGGCAUAAGGGCGAAUAAGUAAGCGAUUAAUGAUGGAAAGGCGAUGUUUGUUUAGUCUUAUAUUUAGUUGGAAAAUGUUUCAUUUGGUUAUUUUUACUUAAGUUAGAUCAAUUCAUUUCCGCGCUGGAAAAUCAACCUUCCAGCAGACCCUCAGAGAAUCAAACGUCCAGUUAAGAAAAUUGUUUGCUACUCGAUUUCUUCAUUGUAGGUUACGUUAAUUUAACGAGUUUGGAUUUUGAUAAUUUCUGUUAAAUAUAGUGAUCAAGCAUAACUUCGAACAUAAUGUGCAACUGGCAAUAAGGAAAUGAUUUGUAUGUGCUUCUAUAUGAUUGAAUACUUUCUCCCAUAUCCUAGAAACGUGCCUAGUUUGAAUUAUACGUUUUACCGAUAAUAGUCAGAAAUCAAAACUUUGGGCAAUUUUUUUGUUUCUAGUACGACACGAUUGAGUUUUAGGUUUAAACUAGAGGAAAAAAGAAGUAAGAGAUAACGGAUACUUUUCACUGCCCUUCGAUUCAGAGUAAGUUUAGUAGAAUGCAUUGACGACGAAAACGAUGCAAGACGCUGUUGAUUGAUUUCCGGAAAAUAAAUCACCUGUGUUGUUUGUCAA